UGAUGACGCUGAUGCUCACAGUCAGCUCAGCUUCCAACAGACCUUCAUCGUCUGCAUCUGUAACAUCAUCCGUAUCCUCGCCAAGGAUGAAGCUUGUUUACAAAGAUCUUCAGAAGAUUAAUGGAAUAAAGAGGUUUGAGUUGGAUCGGUCCUGCUGUUUCAGUGCACUCUUAUUGGAUGAGGAGAGGGGCCGGCUGUUUGUAGGAGCAAGGAACUACCUGUUAUCACUCAGUCUGGAUAACAUUUCUAAACAAGAACAAAAGAUUUUCUGGCCAGCACCUGUGGAGUGGAGGGAGGAAUGCAACUGGGCAGGCAAAGACAUCAACACGGACUGUGUUAAUUAUGUAAAGGUGUUACAUCACUUUAAUCGCACUCACCUGUAUGCCUGCGGGACAGGAGCCUUCCAUCCGACCUGUGCUUAUGUGGAGGUUGGACAGAAGUUGGAGGAUCAUGUGUUUCGGUUUGAUCCAUCACUUAUUGAGGAAGGUAAAGGGAAAAGUCCAUAUGACCCGCGCCACAAUGCAGCCUCUGUUCUGGUUGGUGAUGAGCUUUAUUCAGGUGUGGCGACUGACCUGAUGGGACGAGACUUCACAAUUUUUCGGAGCCUAGGACUGAAACCUUCCAUCAGGACUGAACAGCAUGACUCUCGCUGGCUCAACGAGCCGAAGUUCAUAGGUGGUUUUGCUGUUCCGGAGAGCGAAAACCCAGAUGACGAUAAAGUCUUCUUUUUCUUCAGAGAAACUGCUGUUGAAGCACAAGGCUUUGGCAAGGUCACUUAUGCUCGGAUCGGCCAACUGUGCAGGAAUGACAUGGGAGGGCAGCGCAGUUUGGUAAAUAAGUGGACAACAUUUCUGAAGACUCGACUCGUCUGCUCUGUACCAGGCAACGAUGGCAGUGAGACACACUUUGACGAGCUCAGAGACGUGUUCCUGCUGCAGACGCGAGAUCAGAAGAAUCCACUCAUCUACACUGUCUUCUCUACUUCCAGCGUAUUUCGAGGCUCUGCGGUCUGUCUGUACACGAUGAACGACAUCCGCAGGGCGUUUCUGGGGCCAUUUGCUCAUAAAGAAGGACCCAAUUACCAGUGGGUGCCCUUCCAGGGUAAAGUCCCUUACCCUCGACCAGGCAUGUGUCCCAGUAGAACAUUCGGCAGUUUCGAAUCCACCAAGGGCUUCCCAGAUAAUGUGAUCCAGUUCGCACGUCAUCACCCUUUGAUGUAUAACCCAGUGACACCGCUAGGUGGACGUCCGAUCUUUCUGCGCACCGGAAUCCCUUACAGCUUCACACAGAUUGCUGUGGACAGAGUCAGUGCUGCUGACGGACACUACGAUGUCAUGUUUAUCGGAACAGAUGUGGGCACUGUGUUGAAGGUGAUCUCUGUGCCAAAGGGGAGCUGGAGCUACACUGAGCUGCUUCUGGAGGAGCUGCAGGUCUACAAGGAUUCGUCAUCAAUCAUCAACAUGCAAAUCUCCUCCAAACGGCAACAGCUGUACGUAGGCUCAGAUAAAGGUGUGGUGCAGGUGCCACUGCAUCGCUGCAGCAUGUACGGAAAAGCAUGUGCUGAGUGCUGCCUGGCCCGAGACCCCUACUGUGCCUGGGACGGACACACAUGUACUCGCUAUCUGCCCAACACCAAACGGCGCUUCCGUCGGCAGGAUGUGCGUAAUGGUGAUCCCAACACCCUUUGUUCAGGAGACCACCAAAGGCAGCGAGUUGUGGAGAAGAAAUUGUAUGCAGUAGAGGGCAGCAGCUCAUUCCUUGAGUGUAUCCCCAAAUCACUGCAGGCUCAGGUUACCUGGACCUACCAGAGACCCAACAAUGCCAGAGAAGAGGUGCGACUGGAUGACCGCAUAAUUCAGACAGAUCGAGGCUUGUUACUACGCCGUGUGUUGCGCAGAGACGAAGGCACGUACCAGUGCCACGCCAUGGAACACGGAUUCACCCAAACGCUGCUCGGCAUCACGUUGGAGGUUGUUCCCACAGCAGGCCCAGUGCCCAACUCUCAGAGCUCUGCUCAAAUCCAGGGACAGUCCACCAAUCAGAAGCUCUGGUAUAGAGACUUCAUGCAGCUGGUCGAUCAUCCCAACCUGAGCACCGUCGACCAAAUUUGCGAGCAGGUGUGGUCCCGCAAGCACCAAUCGGACAAAAGCAUGGCUGAUGCUGCCAAUGAGGCGCCAUCUCUCAACCCUCUGCACACAGCCAACAAAAAGUGGAAACACCUAAAGGAGGUAAGGAAGGGGAGGAACCGCAGAACACACGACGGCAGACCUGCACCUCGAGCGCCUCGGAGUGCAGGGGAGUAAUGCGGGCUGGAGGAGGAAUGGAGAGAGAGACUAUAAAAAGAGAGAUCACUGGAGUUGGACAAAACCACACAGCACAUCUUUGUAGUGACUAUUUAUGAUAUUAGGCUGUUGCCACCAUUUUCCCACAAUACACUCCGCCCCUACAUCCCCUGCACCUACACACUCCACGAAUACCCAUUUUUCCACCCCAUACUCUUACACAGUUUGCCCAUACACUCCACACUGCAUCCAUUAGAUGCUUUACUGGAUCUUUUAGGAUCCAGUUCAAA